AUGCGGAAGUGGGCAGAACUCAUAUCAGAUGUUCUGGUCCUCAUCGCUAAACGAAUCGAUGUGGUGGAAGAUUACGUUGCUUUCGGUGGAGUUUGCAAAAGUUGGCAGGUGGCGGCAGUGAAGGAGAAUUUUAAUGAAAGAGGUUGGUCUCAUCAAAUUCCAUGGCUUAUGCUCGCCCAAGAAGAAGAAGAAGAAGAGCGCCGUUUUGUUAGUCUGAGGAAGGGCAGCAUGAUUUGCAAAGUGAUGAGGCUACCAGAAGCAAACGGAAAGAGAUGCAUGGAGUCGCUUGGAUGGUUUGUUACUAUCUCCCAAGAUGGCCAGCUCAAUCUACUUCAUCCUUUUUCCCGAGUUCAAAUUGGUCUUCCUCCUGUGACUACUUUGAAGUAUUACGACCCUGAUGGCCUAAUAAGCAAUUUGAUUGGCAUACAGAAGGCAGUCUUGUCCUUGUCACGCCCCAAGUUCCAUGACAACGCCGCACACUCAUUUAAAUGGUUUCGCCGGAGCUCGCCGGAGCAUGCCGGAGUUUCGUCGGCAAAGACCGCCAUCAUUAACGGCGGUAAUGAUUGGAAUGGCAAAUUUUAUGGGGUCGAUGCUUGUUGCCGUGUUUAUGAAUGUGAUGUUGGUGGCUCUAAUCCAACUGUGGCACGCUAUGUUGGAGGAAUACGAAUACCUAUUCAAUUAGUUGUCUACAAGCGACCAUACAUAGUCGAAUCCGCUGGGGGGGGCACUACUCAUUGUCCUACGAGAUGGAUAUGCAUUGAUGCUGAUAAACUUGAUCAUGAUGAUGAUGAUUAUGAUAAUUCCGGGACUUGUGAGUUUCUAGUAUUUCGACACAAUACAAGCAAUGGGAGAUGGAAAAAGAUGAGGAGCUUAGAGGACAAUCAUUCUCUGUUUUUGGGUCACAGUGCUUCUAUUUCUAUUGAGGUCACCUCUAAAUUUCCCGGCAUUAAGGCUAAUUACAUCUAUUACACCGACGAUUAUGCCGAACAGUACUGGUCGUUCAAGCGAGGAAGAGGGAAAGACAUGGGUAUCUACAACUAG